CGGAGGAGAAGGCUCGUGAGGCGGAGAGUAAAGCCCGUGCCCUUGAGCUGCGCCUAGGAGGAGAUCUCACGCGGGAGUCUAGGGUGACGCUACGUCAAGUCCAAAACUCUGCAAUAACUAUGCGCCGGGAGGCUGAUGUCAAGAGAAGGAUCAAGGAUGCAAAGCAGCGGGCACUGAAGGAACCCAAAGAACUGAAUUUUAUCUUUGGUGUGAAUAUUGAGCAGCGUGAAUUGGAUGGCAUGUUCAUUUAUAACUGCAGUCGACUGAUAAAGAUGUAUGAGAAGGUGGGCCCACAGCUGGAAGGUGGCAUGGCAUGUGGUGGAGUGGUAGGCGUGGUGGAUGUGCCCUAUUUGGUUCUGGAGCCAACCCAUAAUAAACAAGACUUCGCUGAUGCCAAAGAGUAUCGACACUUGCUGAAGGCCAUGGGAGAGCAUUUGGCUCAGUAUUGGAAGGAUGUUGCUAUAGCCCAGAGAGGUAUCAUCAAGUUCUGGGAUGAAUUUGGUUAUUUGUCAGCAAACUGGAACCAGCCUCCAUCUAGUGAACUGCGCUACAAACGCCGGAGAGCCAUGGAGAUCCCUACCACGAUUCAGUGCGAUGUAUGUCUGAAAUGGCGGACUCUCCCAUUCCAGCUGAGUUCAGUGGAGAAGAAUUACCCUGAUAGCUGGGUAUGCUCGAUGAACCCUGAUCCUGAACAAGACAGAUGUGAAGCUGCAGAGCAGAAGCAGAAGGUACCACUGGGAACUCUGAAGAAAGACUUGAAAUCACAGGAGGAAAAGCAGAAGCAACUGACAGAGAAAAUCCGCCAACAGCAGGAGAAGCUGGAAGCUCUGCAGAAAACCACUCCAAUUCGAUCUCAAGCGGAUUUAAAGAAACUGCCUCUAGAAGUGACCACACGGCCUGCAGGGGAGAACACCCAGUCACAGAUCCGACCUCAGCGCCCACGAUCUCCUCCUUUACCUGAUGUAAUCAAGAAUGCUCCCAGCAGACCGCCACCACCACCUACGCCUCUUCCCAAGUCCAUCAGUCAGCUGAAAAAGAGCUCUUCAGUUUGGCCAAAUAUCAGCACUCCCAAACUAGCAAGCAUGCUCUCCAAGGAGGAGGCCAGCACUUCCAGGACACACCAGCACACUGUGACAGCUGGAAAGUCUAAUAGCGCUUUAAAAACUCUUGCCAAACCAGGUACAACAACAAAACCACCCUCUGCUGUCCUGCAGAACCCCAAAAGCCCACGUGAGACACCCAGUCCAAAAGCUGCCAAGGUGCCAGCACUAAAGAAAUCUGCCACUGUCAAAUGCCCACAGGCCUCCACCACUCGGAAGAGGACCUUGAACACUACAGAGGACGGGUCUGAGGAGGAGGGGGAGCACAAGAAGGAGAAGACAAAACGGGGCAAAUUUGUGGCAGUGAAAGAAGAGAAGAAGGAUUCCAGUGAGGUGGUGGUAGAGCUCACAGACAGUGCUGGGGAAGAAGAGCUGGCUGAACUGAAGAAAGCUCAGAAAGAUAAAGGGCUGCAUGUGGAAGUGCGUGUCAACAAGGAGUGGUUCACAGGCCGUGUCACAGCUGUGGAAAUGGGCAAGCAUGCAGUACGCUGGAAGGUUAAGUUUGAUUAUGUUCCUACAGACACCACACCAAGGGAUCGCUGGGUAGAGAAGGGCAGUGAGGAUGUGAGGUUGAUGAAGCCUCCCUCUCCCGAGUACCAGGCUCCAGAUACGCAGCAGGAAGAGGAGGUGGUUGUGGCUGAACCUUCUACCUCAGACUGUGUCAGAAUUGAGCCAGACACCACUGGUCCCAGCAGCAGCCAAAAAACAGUAGACUUACUCGUCCAGAUCCUUCGAAAUUGCUUGCGGUACUUCUUACCUCCCAAUUUUCCUAUCUCCAAGAAGGAGCUGAGUUCCAUGAGCUCGGAAGGGUUGUUGGCGUUUCCCUUGAAAGAAUAUUUCAAACAGUAUGAGGUAGGUCUGCAGAACCUGUGCAAUUCAUAUCAGACACGCGCUGACACCCGGGCCAAAGCCUGUGAAGAAAACCUCCGCAACUCAGAGAGAAAGCUGAAGGAAACAGAGGAGAAGCUACAGAAGCUGAGGACUAACAUCGUGGCCCUUCUGCAGAAAGUGCAGGAG